GCCAUUAUAACUCAUAAAACAGGUCGGUCCACCGCUUAAAGUCAUGAUAUAUAAACUCAGAUUUUUCUGUCUGAAGACACAGAGCUGCAAACUUCCAUCAACAAAGAAAGUUUAUACUCUACUUGGAACAACGUUCGAACCAAACUGUUGACAUGAAGUUUGGGUUGCUGGUGGUAUUGGCGGUGGCCGUUCUGGUGCCCAGCCUGUCCGAGGGCCGGACCGUCUCCAGAUGCGAGCUGAGACAAAAGCUCGGGCAGGCGAUCACGCUGCCCCCACGUCUUCAAAAGUUCAAGCAACAAUACCUGGCAAUAGUUAUCUGUGAGUUGAACAGCCGGUCCCGUCUGAAUACCGGCCUGGUCAAGGUGUUUGGCAAACGUAGAACUACAACCACAGCCAAGCCAACAACUAUGGUCAUAACACAACCGACUACCACCCAACCGACUACCACCCAAUCAACAACUACAGAACCGACUACCACCCAACCGACUACCACUGCUCCAACGACCACCCAACCAAUCCCAACAGGCACAAACAGAACCGGAGCUGGCAACAACAGAAGAAAGCGUGAGGCAAGCAGCGAGGAGUCUGACUCGGUAGAGAUGGACUUGAGGCUGGAGGAACUGCUGAACUGGCACAAUGAGACGGCAGAUGAAGAUGAGGCUGAGAAAGGUGGGGAACGUAAGAAGCGAUCCAGUAAGGACCGAUCCAGUGAGGAGACCAAGCAGUCGUCUUUCGGCCUUUACGGGAUCUUCCAGCUGUCUGACGAGACCUUCUGUAACUCCGGUUAUCGCUCCUCCAAAAACAAGUGCAACACAGCCUGCAAUGCCUUCACUGAUGACAACAUUAUGGAUGACAUUGAUUGCUUUGUAAAGACUGAUCAGUGGGGCUUGUUUUUGAAGUCCGCCUCUCGCGAGUGCCGAUAUCGCACCAAGAACUUCUUUGAUGAGUGUAAAUGAGCAGCAGACAUGUUUUCUCACAGCAACAAUCAUUCUUCUACCUUCAACGUGACCUUUGAUCCUCAUGGUUUCAUCUCAAACAUUGUGGAGCAUGUCACAGUUUUUCAUUUUAAUUAACCUGUGAGAUUUCUAUAAUAAAGUUAUUUUUUUUCAGUUCCUUUGUGGGCGAAUUUGCCCCCAAAAAUCACCACAACUUGAAGUUGAACUGACAAAUGUAUCUCAGUAAUUUGAAUAGUUUUGAUGAUAUUGUUUUACCACUUUAAUCUACUUUAAAGUGAUUAUUUCAAGAUGUAAAAAAUAAGAAAAUGAUUUUUGCAUCUUCUGCUAUCUGUAACGUUCCAAUAAACAUAUUUAGCAAUUUA